AUGGAACCUGACAGCAACUCUCCAGCUCAAGCCGCCCCUGGGGCCGACCGCGAUUGCAUCAAAGUGGCAGUAAGGCUGCGACCCUUGCUAGAGGACGAGAUCGCUAAAGGUGUGACUCCAGCGUCGUGGCAUACCUCAGGCCGGUCCAUAUCUCUGCCUAUGGUAGAGUGGCGGAGGGCAUCACAACGCAACAGUGUGCGAACACUAGAGGCCAACCCCACACCUCCUUGCUCUGUAAGGAAACAUGAGAAGACCACGAAAUAUCAAGUUGAAGCUGACCAUGUCUUCACCAACGAGUCUACGGAGGAGGUCUAUGAGGCCGUUUUCAAGGACACUGUGUCGAAUCUUAAAAGUGGCCUCAACGGGGCUCUGUUGGCCUAUGGGCAGACAGGCUCAGGAAAAACCUACUCCAUGUUUGGCUCCCGUAUAAACGGCCGAAGGACUCGAGGGAUCCUUCACUUUGCAGCUGAUGACAUAUUCACGUUCAUUGAGGCCGAUCCCAGCAGAGAAUACCUCGUGAGGAUGUCCUAUUUGGAGGUCUACAAUGAGAGGGUAAACGACCUACUACGGCCCUUUUCUCCGGACAGUCGCAACUUGCCGGUUCGGGAGGACACCAAGGGGUCGCCUGGGGAGUUCUACGUCGAAGGUCUCAAGGAGAAGAUAGUCCGUAGCAGCGCUGAGAUCGUCUCUGCUUUGGAAAGGGCGGAGGAUCGACGUCGAGCGGUGGCAAGCUCUCAGUUCAACGAGAUCUCUAGCCGCAGUCACGGUAUGUGCUUUAUCAAAGUGGAGAGUAGCAAGGGCACUAGCGGCGCCGAGGAGGUGGAGGAACUCACUCGAGUAGGCGUCUUGUGUUUGGUGGACCUGGCGGGUAGUGAGCGGAGCGAUGACAUCACCAACAGACUGGAGACCUGUAGUAUCAACAAGAGCCUCUUCUUCUUGAGGGAGACCAUUAAUAAGCUCUCCUCAUGGAGCCUCGAGAAGGCGACUGCCGCCACCUCGCCGGCCCCUCACAUCUCCUGGAGGGACAGCAGACUAACUCAAUUACUGGUGCCGUUCCUCUCCCCCUCAUCAGGGGCGAGAUCAGCGAUACUCGUUACGUUGCAUCCUGGCUCCCAGAGGUCAGUCAUAGAGCACUCAGUGUCUUCCCUACGCUUCGCCACUAGAGCGGCCACUGUGGCAGUAUCAGCCGAGCCAAUGGUGCACUAUGUAUCGGCAGAACACAGCAUGAUCGCUAAGCAACGGGAAAUGAUAAACGUGUUGCGAGCUCAGGUAGAGCAGUUGAGAUCAGCAUCUCCUGAUAAGAAGAUUGAGAGUCUUUCGAGUGGCGUCAACUACGUGUCUGAUAGUCGCGACUUGGACAAUAUCGUUUUGAGGCUCCACCAAGCUGCUAGCAAUCUCAAGCGCCGUCAGGGAGCACUGGUGGGCACAGCAGAGCAUCUCCUGGCAAGGUUGAACCAGGAGGGAGACGAUACCCAGGAGGAAGAGUUCUCACAUGACGAGGGGUCACCUUGUGUCGUGUGUAGUACACGCCGGAGGCUGCUGAGUGUAGUUCGCCGAAAGUCCCAGCAGAGCGCUCCUAGGAGGGGACCGCGAGGACCACUGAGGGGGGACGAUGUUAGUCAGCUGCUCUCGGAUAUAGACUUCCAGAAUCGCCGCCAGAACAACAGUCCUAGCGAGACCACAGCAGACGUCUCGGAUGACUCGGGCGUGGCCACUGCGGUUUCUGAGACCAGCCCCCACACGCCAGAGCGUGUCGCGGUCAACAGUAGAGUCGAGGUGACGAUCCUGAGACAACAGUUGAGGCAGGCAAAGUACGAGGCCGCUGAGGCCAAGAAGGAAAUCCAGCGGCUCCAAGACCAAGCCAAUGCGGAAGCACUAUUGAUUGAGAGCUCGUCUCUGGCAGCACCGCAAUCGUCUCCACGUUCUUGUAGAGAUCUCACUCAACCGCAGCCUACAGUAGUUCAGAAGAAGACAGAGAGUCCCGCGCCCCUUCCAAGAUAUGAAGACGACCAGCCAGCGGGGUUGACCAAGCGGCGAGCAGACUGUGAUGGGAUGUCGAGUAUCAUGGACCACACUGUCGCCCAAGAGGCAUCUCCAAUCGUGUCGGUACCAUCACCCUUCAAGAAAUUCAUGCUGUCUGAACAUGAACCUCCUCGAAGAGGGAAAAGCCAUGUUGGUCCCGACAGCGCACGGGUGGAAUUUGAGAAAAUGAAGAAGCUGACGAAGCCUGUGAGGGUGUCAGUGAAGGACAUGACUAAUAUCGGCGAGGGUCGCGGCACUCCCACGAGGCCUUUGCGGAAGAUGAUGUUUCGGCCCCACGAAUCGCCUGUAACACAGCUGGGCUUGUCGCCUAGAGGGAGUCGUCUACGUGGUGAGGAAGCUCUCAGUAUCGCUGACCGGGCGAGAGCGUCACAAAUCAUCAACCCGAGUGAUUCAAGAAUCGUCCUCAGCCUCCGAACGCCAGUGGGAGGGCCCGAGGCUUGGGCCAAUGCUCAGAAGAUACGAACAUCUCGAGUCUUCGACAAUGAUACGGACGAGGCUGAGUUGAUUGCCAAGGUUGGUAAGCGGACUUCUGCCAACUACACCAACGGCGUUCUGGGGAGCAGUCGAGCUAUGGCUAGCGCUCUCGGUGGCAUACGAGACAGAGAUAGCAUCUCAGUGCAGCGAAUGCCCUCCCCUGAACGAAAGGCAGGCAAGCGUAUCGUCCGAGCGCCUCUUGGCCUUGGACAGGUCAGAGUGGUUCAACCGAUCGUGCCGUUGCGGCGUAGGGAGUUCCCCAACCGCAGUUGGAGCUCUAGUAAUCCACGCGUUAUCGGGGCUACUCCCAAACGAGAAUCCUGGACUUGGUCCAUGAAGCCUCGUUCUCCUCCUAGACCUAUAUCGAGUAAUUAA